CGUAUGACAGCUAGCCUACAAUCGUAAACAAAGUGUGCGUUUCCAUCGGAUCGUCCUACUUCAGUUGCCGCUCGUGAUUUAGAUUAAUUGUAGUUAUUCCAAUCAAAAAUAAUAAAAAAGUAUAAGAGCAAGUGCACUAAAAUCUCUUCUAGCAGGCAGUUGAAAGGCCAACAUGUGCAUUUGAGCGAUUUCAGCUAGCAUGCAGCAAGAAAACAAAGUCCCUCCGGCGGAUCAACAAAGCACGUGCUUAUACUUGACCCCAAAGCCACAGCGCAGGUGCUUCACGCGCAAGAAACGAGCGGCGAACGACGAAUCCCGGCUGUGCUUGCAAUCCAUCAGCUCGAACGAAAAAACGCCGGCUGCUGAGGCGAAGCGAGAACGAUUGGCUUAAUUGCCUAGGCCUAGCGCUUUACUGCUUAAUGCCGUAUAAUGACUAAGUUGGAAUACCCAGAGAACGAGCGCGAACGAGCGUUGGAAAACGUGGAUAAAAUGCUUUUUAGGAUUGCCUCCGAACUACCGACACUGCUAGGGGGAGUGUGUACUGCCAGCAAUGCAUUAAAGGACACAAAGCGGUGCAACUUCAGUUCGCUGAGCGCGGUGACAAGCGAACUUCCACCUAGCAUCGCCACUGAGCUCCGAAUAGCGAAUGAGGUAGCAGAUAGCAAGCAGUUUUUCCUCUGCACCAAGGGGAUAGCGGAUGCAUCCGACAGACUGACAACGCUAAUGGCGGAAGCGAAGCAGUCCCGUCGUAAACUCGACCAGUUUCUUGCAAUCAACACGGCAGCGGCGGAACAGCAGCAGCAGCAGCUCCAGAGGUCGUGCAUUUAUCUCGACCAAGCACUGGGCCUACUGUUUGCCCUAGAUCUUGAGCUGCACGAGAUCAAGCUUGCCGCCAGUGCGCUGUACCUGCAUGGACAGAAGGCAGGAGCCGCCCAGCUGCGGGAAACGGAAGGAUUGAAAGGCGCGGUAGCACGUCUCGUGGCAAUUCUCUCAUCAAAGCACUACACCUCAACCCUGGCUACGAUAGUUUCACAAUAAACCAAUUAGCGCAUCGCAAUUGCUGGUUGGCUUAGAAUGUGUUUGAUGGCGUUCGUGCGUUGAGGUAAGCAAACUAGUUUUAUAGCAAAAUUCGACUAGGACGAGCAAACAUUUCAAAUUGACUCGCACUGAUUGCAAGCAGAGCAACAGUGUCAUAGCAAUUUAUAGGUGUGCAUAAAGAUUGAUUUUCCUGUAUCGUCUGUAGAUUGACAUUGGUAGAAUUAAAGACAUAAAAUACCUUUCGAA